UCAGAGCUUUUACUUCAGAAGGACAGAGACAUCACUAGGAUGCAGCUGACUGAGGCUUUCGUCAGUUUUUGUUUGGGCUGGCAUCAUUUGUUUGCUGUAGUUUGUCUUGUUGUCGUUGUCUAUACAUUAAACACCUUGUUCCCCAAAAGAAAGGCUGCACUUCGAAGCACUGAAGCUUUUCCAGGACCACCGAGACACUGGCUUUUCGGACACGUUCGUCAGAUGAAACAAGAUGGGACAGACUUGGACAAGAUAGUGGAAUGGGGACAGCAGUACCCUUAUGCUUUCCCAGUGUGGUUUGGCCCCUUUCUUUGUUUUCUCUACAUUCAUCAUCCAGAUUAUGCGAAAACCAUACUGACAUCAACUGAGCCAAAAGAUGAUGUGUCUUAUACCUUUAUUGAGGACUGGAUUGGUGAAGGGCUAUUGGUGUCACAAGGUCAGAAGUGGUUUCAGCACAGAAGACUCCUGACACCUGGUUUCCAUUACGACGUUUUGAAGCCAUACGUAAAGCUGAUGUCAGAUUCUGCUAAGACUAUGUUGAAAAAAUGGGAAAGAUAUGCAAACACCAAUGAACCCUUUGAGCUGUUUGAACACGUGAGCCUUAUGACACUAGACAGCAUCUUGAAGUGUGCAUUCAGCUACAGCAGCAACUGUCAAACUGAGAGCGGAACAAAUACAUACAUCAAAGCAGUAUAUGAUCUGAGUAAUCUGAUUAAUCUGCGGAUCAGAACAUUUCCAUACCACAGUGACUUCAUUUUCUACCUCAGUCCACAUGGCUAUAGAUACAGGAAAGCACGCCGGGUGGCCCAGAGUCAUACGGAGGAAGUUAUAAGAAAGAGAAAAGAAGCACUAAAGAAAGAGAAGGAGCUCAAACACAUACAGGCCAAGAGAAACUUGGACUUUCUGGACAUCCUCCUCUUUGCAAGAGAUGAGGAGCAGCAGGGUCUGUCAGAUGAAGACAUACGAGCAGAGGUGGACACCUUCAUGUUUGAGGGCCAUGACACCACAGCCAGUGGCAUCUCUUUCACCCUCUACUGUCUGGCCUGCCACCCAGAACACCAGAAGCUUUGCAGGGAUGAGAUCAUUGAGGCCCUGGAUGGCAAGGACACCAUGGAGUGGGAGGAUCUUAGUAAAAUUCCAUACACUACAAUGUGCAUAAAGGAAUCCCUCCGCCUCUACCCCCCUGUACCAGGAAUAUUCAGAAGAACCACCAAACCCAUCACGUUUUUUGAUGGAAGGACUCUGCCUGAAGGCAGUUAUGUUGGAACAUUUAUAUACGGGAUUCACAGGAACCCACUGGUCUGGGAAAACCCUGAGGCAAGUCAAGGUUUAAUAGCUGGUGAUAUGUGUGUCACUACAGGGUGCUGAUUUCUUA